GCUUUGGCUUCAUCACAUUCGACAACGACGAAGUGUCCGACAAAGUCUGUGAGAUACAUUUUCAUGAGAUCAACGGAAAAAUGGUUGAAUGCAAGAAAGCGCAGCCAAAGGAGGUAAUGCUUCCUGUGCAAUUGAACAAAUCACGUGCCGCUGCUGCUCGGAAUCUGUAUGGACUACCACCAGAACAAUUGCUUGGUAGGUUUUUCACAAAAUUGACCAAGAUUUUUUCAUUUCUUUUCCUAGGAGUAUCCUUUUUUAGCAUACGCUACUUAUCUACCUCGAUUCGGGUACGGUAAUC